UCUCACUCUCACUCCCACUCCCACUCCCACUCCCUCCAUUUAAAACCCACCACACUUCAAAAACCCACUUCAAAAUUUGUCAUCUUUCCUCAUUCUUCCCAUUAUGGGCUGCACGGCGUCCAAAUUGGACAACGAGGACACUGUGCGGCGGUGCAAGGACCGGCGCCGUUUAAUGAAAGACGCCGUCUUCGCCCGCCACCACCUCGCCGCCGCCCACGCCGACUACUGCCGCUCCCUCCGCCUCACCGGCUCCGCCCUCGUCUCCUUCGCCAACUUCGAACCCCUCUCCAUCUCCGACCAAACCCCCGUCUUCCUCCACCCUACUACCACCACUUCCAACCCCUCUCCUCCUCCUCCUCCCUCCUCCAAUCCCCUCCACCCACGUGUCCCGCCCUCCCAGCUCCCUCCUCCCUCCACCCCCGCCGCCGCCUCCGCCGCUCUCCCCACCAUCGCCAGCUCCAAGCUCCCCCACAUCCUCUCCGACUCCUCCCUCUCCUCCUCCCGCCGCCACCGCCGCCGGAGACAGCCUCCGCCGGGGCCGAAGCUCCCGCACAUACUCUCCGACACCAGCCCCUCCUCCACUCCCCGAAGCCAGAACUCCAACUUCACCGGCGGCGGGUUUCCGACGGCCUUUCAGGCGAACUCGACGUACUCCAGCACGCCGUCGCAGGCCUCCUCCGUGUGGAAUUGGGAGAAUUUCUACCCUCCGUCGCCGCCGGACUCCGAAUUCUUCAACCAGAGAGAGCAGGAGUCCAAACAAUCCCACCACCUCGACGAUUCCGACGACGACGACAACACCGAGCCGGAAACCGAAACCGAGGCAUCGGAAUACAAUUACUUCCACAACAUGCCCAAAUCCCAACCCACCGCCCGCCAAAACCACUCGUAUUCUCAGUCGGAGAAGUACGCCCAGUCCGAAACCGAGAGAUCAGAGUACGAUUUCUUCGUCCCCAACCGUAACCCUAAAGCUCCGGCCAAGACUCAGUCGGAGAAGUACGCUCAGUCGGAGAGAGAAGAGGUCCACUGCAGCGAGUGGGGCGAUCACGAUCGCUACAGCACCACGAGCUCGUCUGAAAACGAAGACGACGACAGGGAUUCGAGAUCCGAGAUGGGGACCCGGUCCAAUUUCGACCCGUCGGUUCGGGCCGAGUCGGUCGCGGGCUCGGUGCCGCCGGCCCAGACGAUGCCGAAGUACGCGCCGAGCAUGAGGUCGGAGGGGUCGGAAGGGAGUACUUACCGGAGCAGUGAAAUCUCGAACAUGAAAAUGGUGGUGAGGCAUAAAGACUUGAAGGAGAUUGUGCAGGCGAUCAAGGAGAAUUUCGAUAACGCCGCGGCGGCCGGAGACCAGGUUUCCGAGAUGCUCGAGUCCAACCGGGCCCAGCUUGAUCGGAGCUUCAAGCAGCUCAAGAAGAAAGUGUAUCACUCAAGUAGUGUGCUUAGCACAUUGAGCUCGACUUGGUCGUCGAAGCCGCCGCUAGCGGUGAAGUACCAGCUGGACGCGGAAGUGCUCAAUGCACAGGGCGGUCCGAAGAGUCUAUGUUCCACCUUCGAGCGGCUUUUGGCUUGGGAGAAGAAGCUCUAUCAGGAAGUCAAGGCUAGAGAAAGUGUCAAGAUUGAACAUGAGAAGAAGUUAUCUUCACUACAAAAUCAGGAGUACAAGGGAGAGGACGAAAUCAAGGUAGACAAGACCAAGGCGUCAAUAAAGAGGCUGCAAUCACUAAUUAUUGUCACAUCUCAGGCCGUCUCAACCACCUCAACUGCCAUCAUUGAUCUUAGAGACUCUGAUCUUGUUCCUCAGCUUGUUGAGCUGUGCCAUGGGUUUAUGUACAUGUGGAAAUCAAUGCACCAGUACCAUGAAGUCCAGAACAACAUUGUACAGCAAGUUAGGGGACUUGUGAACCGGUCAUCCAAGGGUGACGCAACCUCCGAACUGCACCGCCAGGCGACUCGUGACUUGGAAUCAGCUGUUUCUGCCUGGCACUCCAGCUUUUGCCGCUUAAUAAAGUUCAAGCGGGACUUUAUCCAGUCUGUUCAUGGUUGGUUCAAGCUCAGCCUUCUUCCUGUUAACAAUGACACCUUCACCGGCAACAAUGAGCCUUCUGAUGUAUAUUUCUUCUGCGACGAGUGGAAGCAUGCACUUGACCGUGUCCCUGACACAGUGGCUUCAGAGGCUAUCAAGAGCUUCAUCAAUGUUGUCCACGUAAUCUCCAUAAAACAAAGUGAAGAGCUGAAGAUCAAAAAAAGAACUGAAGCUGCAUCCAAGGAGCUUGAAAAGAAGGCUUCUUCUGUGCGGAACAUUGAGAAGAAGUUCUAUAAUUCCUACUCCAUGGUUGGUAUUGGACUUCCUGAUUCAGGGCCUGAUAACGGGCAAGGUUUGGAUGCUCGUGACCCGCUUGCUGAAAAGAAAUCUGAACUUGCAACCUCCCAGAGGCGGGUUGAAGAAGAAAUGAGUAGGCAUUCAAAGGCAGUGGAGGUGACUAGAGCAAUGACUCUAAACAACCUUCAAACAGGGUUGCCAGGGGUUUUUCAAGCACUGACCAGUUUUUCUGGGUUAUUUACAGAGGCACUCAAUUCAGUUUGUACUCGUUCCUACUCCAUCAAUAAUGGAUCAUAGUUAUCGUGCCUGUGGUUUUGUGGUAAGUUGGAAGUUAAAUUAUAGAGCUGGGAUUUUUUGGCUGGGGCUCAUAUUGUUAGUAGUAUUCUUUUUGGGGGGUUUCAACAUGUAUAUAUAUGGAGUUUUGUGAUUUUUGCAAAUCCUUUUUGCAAUUGGAAGGAAGGAAAAUGUCUAAAGCUUCUGUACAGGAAACUGCUCAGAUUGUUGAAACCCGAGCUUCGCUGUUUUUCAGCAUUACCAAUAAAUAUACGUGCUUUUCUUCUCUC